AUGGCGCUCCUCUCCAGCUACUCCUCUGUAUACGUGGCGUUUCAUAUCUUUAUCUUAGCAUUAUUUAAUUUAACCUCAGUCAACCAGGUUGGCGGCAGCGUCGUGUCACUGCUGCAGCCGUAUGAUUUCUUGUAUUAUAAAGGGGUCCGUUCAUACUUUAAUGGGGAGUGGGCUAAGUCUGCGGAGCUGCUGGAAAAGUCCAUCGUAACCAAGGAAUCACUGCUUAAAAUACGCAGGCAGUGUUAUGAUGACUGUGUAGCAGCAGGACUGGAUGCAUACAGUAAAUUGGACACUGCAAAGGGGAGUCUGUGGGACCUGUGGGCCUUGGAUUGGGUGCAGCAGAAGGCUGAGUGCUUGAGAUUCUGUAUUGGACGCUCUGUCACCCCUGUUGGACAGCUUCCUGUCUCUGCAGACAUUGAGUAUGAGUUCAGCAGUCGCAACCCCUACAACUUUCUUCAGGUCACAUACUACAAGUUGGAGAAGUUGCAGAGGGCGGCAUCAGCAGCUCAAACCUAUUUUGUGGCCAACCCCAGUCACCUGGAGAUGAGAAACAACAUUGAGAAGUACAGAAGGAUGCAAGGAGUGACAGACGAUGACUUCCAGGACAGAGAGCUUGAGAAUGAGAAACACUGGGUCCUGUAUGAUUCUGCAAUGCAGUAUGAGGCCUCCUCUGACUGGGUGCAAGCAGCAGAGAAAUGGAGAGCAUGUGUGAAUGAAACACUGCGGCAGACAGAGGAGUGCAGGGCACAGUGUGUGGUGGCCUCCCAGCGGCUGCCUGAGGACAGAGGAGUGGACAGCGUUAGUGGCGUGUUUGAGAAAGCUGCAGCUCUUUCUCUCUCGCUGCUCUCGUGCCAGCAGUCCUGUGUCACUCAGGUCGCCACACGUCCCGGAAGGAUUUCUGCUCAGGAGGAAUUGUUGCCCACACAGCUGGAGCAUCUGCACAUUGUCCAGUUUAAAGCUGGAGAUAUUAGUGGAGCAGUGAAGACACUUCGCUCACUGCUCCUGUUUUAUCCCUCUGACAAGGACAACAUAGACAACCUGCAGCUCUACUAUGAGACACUAGGAGGAGACACAGAGUCACAAGGCACACAGCCUGAUCAGGAGAUUGUCAGAUAUGUUAAUCGGUCUUUGCAGGAGAAAAAGCUUCUCUACUUUGGUAUGGAGAGCUUAGAGUUCAGUUUCAUCGACCCAGAUCUUUGGACUCCGGAAGAUGUUGUUCCUGAAUCACUCAGGGAGGUCUGGAGAGUUGAGAAAGACAAAAUGCAAGAAAAAAUGAAAGAGGGAGAGCUGCUGGAGGAAGUGGAUGACAGUGGGUUUUUUGCAGGUGGACCGAUCCGUGAGGUGGGGGUGACCAUCGCCAUGGACGACGAGGUUCUGAAUGGGACCAAUCGCGUUGUACUCGACGGAGUCAUGACAGAGAAGGAGUGUGACAGAAUAAUGAAGUUAGCAACAGCUGCAGCAUCUGCUGGAGAUGGUUAUCGGGGACGACGGUCUCCACACACACCUCAUGAGACGUUUGAGGGCCUGACCGUCCUCAGGGCUUUAAAGUUGUCUCAGGAUGGCAUGGUGAACCAAUCAGACGCCAGGCUGUUACAUGAGCUGGGCGAAAGAGUGAGAGUCCUGCUUCAUUCCUACUUCAGGAGCCCCUCAGGACUCUUUGUCUCUUUCACACACCUGGUCUGCCGCAGUGCUAUCGCAGGGGACCAGGAAGGCCGGUUGGACCUGUCUCAUCCUGUCCAUGUUGACAACUGUCUCCUUGAGCCAGAAACCAACCAGUGUUGGAAGGAACCUCCAGCCUUUAUACACAGAGACCUCAGUGCGAUUCUCUAUCUGAAUGACAACUUUGAUGGUGGAGAGUUGUUCUUCACGAGCAGGGAUGCCAAAACAGUAACAGCUCGAGUAAAACCCACCUGUGGCCGAGUAGCAGGCUUUUCCUCAGGUCCAAUUAACCCCCAUGGUGUCACUGCAGUGACAAGAGGCCGGAGGUGCGCACUGGCCCUCUGGUUCACCAAGGAGAAGCUGUACAGAGACAUGGAGCGAGAAGAGGCGGAAGCCAUGUGGGCUGCAGACGGACAGAGUGUGGUGAAAGCGGACGAGGAGAAGGCGGACAAGAGCGGCAAGGCUCGAAGCCAAGCAUCAAAGGAGAAGAGCAGAGCGAGAGGGAGGGUGACAGGAGGCAAAGAUGAGCUGUGAGAGCCUGAGCAAACCCAAAACCUAGACUCAACCAACCAAACUGGAAUACAUUUUCAUCUACGUCAACUCAAGUGAAGCAUGACCGACCUCCCUACCCAUUACACCAACCACAAACUCCUCUCUGUUUUUACAUGACUUUCCAGUUGGUCACACUCUUAACUUAAUGCCUUAACACUUCAUCCAUCUUUUUUUUUUUUGUAAAACAGCUUGCAUGAGUUUGUAUAUAUU